AUGCACCAACAGAUCAAAGUGUACACGCAGUACGUUCUUGACCUAAUUGAAAGAGGUCCUUUCGCUCUUUUUAAGAACCUUUGGGGUCGUCAGACCAAUAUUCUCUUCUUAGGCCUAGAUAAUUCAGGAAAGACUACUCUUCUCCUCCGAUUGAAGUCCGAUACAGUCCAUACAGUUGCUCCAACCCUUUCUGUCCGGCAGGAGACUCUUCAGAUUGGCAACCAUCUUAAAAUGACUAUUAGUGACCUAGGCGGGCAUGAAACAGCUAGAUUAGGCUGGAGUACUUUCUUUGUUCAAUCUCAUGGUAUUAUCUUUAUGAUAGAUAUAACGGAUGAAGCUCGAUAUGAACUAGUUCGUGAGACUUAUCAGAGUUUACUAGUUACUAUAGAGAAUUCUGGUCGGAAAAGUAUUCCGAUUGCUGUGUUGUUCAAUAAGACCGAUAUGUGGCAGAAGUAUUGGGAGAGUAAACAUAAGGGUGAAAUGGCCCCACCUUUAGAUGAUUCUUAUCUGCACUAUCUUUGUCAGAUAAUUGGAAUCCGUACGGGUGAUGGUGAGGAUGGUCGGCGUAUUUCUGCUAAUUUCUGCAGUGUAGUGACUGACUCGACUACCAAUCAGAACAAAGGGUUCAUGUUGGCGUUUAAGUGGCUAGAUAUGAUGAUUCGUACACCUAAAUAA